AUGCGACUAGAAUUGUUCAACACCAACAACAUCAUCAACUUGUAUCAUAAAGAAGAAAAAGAAGAAGUGAUCAACCAGCUUUUUCUUCCACGGAUUUCACUUGCCAUUAGUGGGUUGAUGAAUAAAACUGAGAAAACAACAAUAACAACAAUUCUGAUGCCGUCGCUUAAAGUCAUAAAGUGCGUGGUACCCACCAAUGCUCAAGUUGAAUAUUUUAUGAUUCAUAACAUACUUCAAAUAAUGUAUUUUUAA